AUGGGUCGACGUAUUAGCGACGAUAAAGAUGACAAAUCUGAAAAACAAGCUCCGAACGAAUCUGAGUCUGAUUCGAAUCUCGACGAAGAAGAAUUUGUUGUAGAAAAAAUUCUUAAAAUGCGAACGACAAAAAAAGGAAAAGUUCAAUAUUUGCUUAAAUGGAAAGGCUUUCCUGAUACUGAAAAUACAUGGGAACCCGCUGAAAAUCUCGAAUGUCCUGAUUUAAUUGCUGCUUUCAUGGCUGAACAAAAAGAAAAACAACAAACAUCAUCAUCAUCAUCAAAUGGUAAACGAUCUCAUUCAACUAGUAGCGCCAAUGAAUCUAAUAAGGGUACUUGUCCAACGAAGCGACCGCGUAUUGAAUUAGAACAAACAGGUUAUCAUCGUGGUUUAGUACCAGAACUGUUAAUGGGUGCAACAGAUAUUUAUGAUGGAGAAUUAAUGUUUUUAGUUAAAUGGAAAGGUGUUGCUAAACCAGAACUAGUUCCAUCACGGAUCGUGAAUAAACAAUCAGCCCAACUUGUUAUUAAAUUUUAUGAAGAUCGAUUAACAUGGAAUUCGACGAGUUCAUCAAAUAAAAAUGUUUAA